UAGAGAUAACAAGCUAGCAUCAAGCGAGCGAGCCAUGGCGAAGCCUCGCAAGCCGAAGAACGAAGAGACGAAGGCCGAGAGUUCGGGCGCCGUGGUCCGUCACCAGAAGCUUUGCCUUUCCAUCGACAUGGAUAAGCGACAAAUCUAUGGCUACACCGAGUUGGAAAUGGUGGUACCGGAUAUCGGGAUUGUAGGGUUACAUGCGGAGAAUUUGGGAAUCGAGAGUGUGUCAGUAGAUGGGGAGUCUACUGAGUUUGAAUAUUAUCCAAAUCAUCAAAAUGUGGAGAAUGAGAAGAGAUGGAGAAUGGUGACCUCGCCUAGUUCAGCUGCGGAUGCUGCGGCUGCAGCAUAUGUAUCAGCUCUGGACAGAGAAUUGGUACCAAAUUUGCUGAUCAAUUGUUGCAAGCCUUUCAAGGGUUUAACAGAACAGAUAGACCAUACGAGUUUGGAGAAUAAGUUGGACACGUCUGGUGAAGCAAAGCAGAAUGUGAAACUGGUUCGUAUCGAUUAUUGGGUAGAGAAAGCAGAAACUGGGAUUCAUUUUGAUGGGAAUGUGUUACAUACUGAUAACCAGAUAAGGCGAGCUCGUUGCUGGUUCCCUUGUAUAGAUGAUAGCUCUCAACAAUGCUGUUAUGACCUGGAAUUUACUGUCUCCCACAAUCUCAUUGCUGUCAGCACUGGAAGCCUUCUGUAUCAGGUUUUGAGCAAAGAUGAUCCUCCUCGCAAGACUUAUGUAUAUAAAUUGGAUGUUCCGGUCAAUGCUCGGUGGAUAACUUUGGCAGUUGCACCUUUUGAAAUUCUUCCUGAUCCCCAUCAUAGUAUCGUAUCACACUUGUGUUUGCCAACUAAUUUGCCAAAGCUUCAUAACACUGUGGAAUUUUUCCACAAUGCAUUCAGCCAUUAUGAGGCAUACCUCGAGGCAAAAUUUCCAUUUGGGUCAUACAAGCAAGUUUUCUUAGCUCCUGAGAUGGCAGUUUCCUCAUCUACUUUUGGAGCUUCAAUGAGUAUAUUUAGUUCUCAGGUUCUGUAUGAUGAGAAAGUUAUUGAUCAGGCCAUAGACACAAGCAUUAAACUUGCAUUUGCCCUUGCGAGACAGUGGUUUGGAGUAUAUAUCACACCUGAAUCACCAAAUGAUGAGUGGCUGCUUGAUGGUCUUGCUGGUUUUUUGACGGAUUUGUUUAUAAAAAAUUUUUUGGGAAAUAAUGAGGUUCGCUAUCGAAGAUACAAGGCAAAUUGUGCUGUUUGCAAAGCGGAUGAUAGUGGUGCAACAACUUUGAGCUCUUCUACUUCUUGCAAGGAUUUGUAUGGAACCCAUUGCAUUGGUAUAUAUGGCAAAAUACGAUCAUGCAAAUCAGUGGCAGUCCUUGAGAUGUUGGAAAAGCAAAUGGGAUCGAAUUUCUUCCGCAAAAUUUUGCAGAAUAUUGUUUCUCGGGCUCAAAGUGCAACAUCUCCUGUGCGUUCUCUUAGUACAAAAGAGUUUCGACAUUUUGCUAACAAGGUUGGAAAUCUUGAGCGCCCGUUUCUUAAAGAGUUCUUUCCUCGGUGGGUGGGAUCGUGUGGGUGUCCGGUGUUGAGGAUGGGUUUUUCAUAUAACAAACGGAAAAAUAUUGUCGAACUGGCGGUAUUGCGGGAAUGCACAGCUACACCUGAUUCAAGUGGUCCAGUUCUCAAUUCUAACCUGGAUUCUGAAAACCGAGACAGUGAUAAUGGGUGGCCUGGGAUGAUGAGUAUUAGGGUUCAUGAGCUUGAUGGUAUGUAUGACCAUCCAGUUUUGCCAAUGGCUGGAGACACAUGGCAGCUGCUGGAAAUACAAUGCCAUUCAAAGCUUGCUGCUAGACGAGCCUUGAAGCCUAAAAAGGGUUCAAAACCUGAUGGCUCUGAUGAUAAUGCUGAUGCUGUAGCUGCUUUAGAUAUGCGCUCUAGUAUGGAAUCCCCCUUGUCAUGGAUUAGGGCAGACCCAGAAAUGGAAUAUCUUGCUGAAAUUCAUUUUAACCAGCCUGUACAGAUGUGUAUAAAUCAGUUAGAGAAGGAUGGAGAUGUUGUUGCUCAAGCUCAAGCAAUUGCAGCACUAGAGUCUCUACCGCAACUUUCGUUUUCUGUUGUUAAUACUCUGAAUAAUUUCCUCAGCGACUCCAAGGCCUUUUGGAGAGUUCGGAUUGAGGCAGCAUUUGCAUUGGCCAAUACAGCAUCCGAGGAAACUGAUUGGGCUGGUUUACUUCAUUUGGUGAAAUUUUAUAAAAGUCGAAGGUUUGAUGCAAAUAUUGGACUUCCCAAGCCAAAUGAUUUUCGUGAUUUUCCAGAGUACUUCGUUCUUGAGGCUAUUCCGCAUGCAAUAGCUAUGGUCAGAGCGGCAGACAAGAAAAGCCCAAGAGAAGCUGUAGAGUUUGUUUUACAGCUUUUGAAGUAUAAUGAUAACAAUGGAAAUCCCUAUUCUGACGUGUUCUGGCUUGCCGCACUGGUCCAGUCAGUUGGUGAACUUGAAUUUGGGCAACAGAGUAUUCUCUUUCUGUCAUCUCUUCUCAAGCGUGUCGAUCGGCUUUUGCAGUUUGAUAGGCUGAUGCCUAGUUACAAUGGGAUCUUGACAGUCAGCUGCAUCCGAACUUUGACCCAAAUUGCAUUAAAACUUUCUGGAUUCAUCUGUCUUGAUCAUGUUGUUGAACUUAUUAAACCAUUUCGGAAUCCAAAUACGAUAUGGCAAGUUCGAAUGGAAGCAAGCAGGGCACUCCUUGAUCUUGAGUUUCAUUGUAAAGGCAUAGAUGCAGCAUUGUCAUUGUUUGUCAAAUAUAUAGAGGAAGAGCCGUCCUUGAGAGGACAGGAGAAAUUGGGUGUUCAUGCAAUGCGUAUAUGUCAAGCUGGAGGUGGAUCUGAUUUCAAUGAUGAAAUUAGGACCGAAACUCUAGUAGCCUUGCUUCAUCUGCUUGACAGCCGUAUUUCAUUCAAUAAUGUCUUUCUUCGUCACCACCUAUUUGGCAUUCUACAAAUACUUGCAGGAAGAGCCCCUACACUCUAUGGCGUGCCCAGAGAUAAAAUAUUGCUUAGAGGUGAUGGUGAUACUUACAGUGACCAGAGGAACAUUUGUGCAGCUUUUGUCACAGAAAUGAAGCCUACGGAACCAACUCUGGAUAUGCCAAACUUUUCACGGGAUAAUUUGGCUAUUUCAGAUGUUUCCAAGGAAGUAGAUUGUGUUUCAAAUGGUCGUGAGGAGAAUAUAUUGGUUAUUCCAGAAAAUUCCAAGGAAGCAGACAUUGUUUCCAACGGUCAUGAACGGAAGAUGUCAGUCCCAGAAGUUUCCAAAGAUGCAGAUACUGUUUCCAACAGUCAUGAACGGAAGAUGCCAGUUGUUAAAAUUAGGGUUAAGCAAUCUGCAGCUACCAGUAGAGCAGAAGAGGCUGACAAUAGAGCUUUUGAAAGAUCUCAAGGCGGACAACAUGAAGCUGAUCGUGUAACCAGCAGUUCAGUUUCCGUGGAUGCACCCCAAAGGAAUUCAGUAGAAGCAGUGAGCAUUAGCUAUCAAAAUGUUGAGGAGGUCAACUCAUGUCAUGAUCACGGAUCCCGGAUGACUGCUAGCAUUGGCAGUGCAAAACUUCCGAGUGAAGGUGACAAUUUUGGGAAGGAACUCCAGUGUACUGCUGAUUCUAGCAAAGUAUCCAUGCACUUGCAGCCCGAUGAUCCCUCAUCACCAAGCAUCCUACAAGAUAACAAUGUUGACCCUCAUGCUAAAAAAUAUGUAAGUCUUCAAAGCCUAUCGGGUGCUAGACAAGAUCUGAAUGGCGGUUCAUCGGGUAAAGAAAAGGAGAAGAAGAAGAAAGACAAGGAUAAGAAAAGGAAGCGGGAAGACCCAGAGUAUUUGGAGAAGAAGCGUCUGAAGAAGGAGAAAAAGCAAAAGGAGAAAGAGAUGACGAAACUGCUUAGCGAAGAGGUGAAAACGCCUUCAGUAGAAAUAUCUGGUAAGAAAGGGGAAGCUACCAUUAAGAUGGCAACUGUGCAACUGCAACAACCAAUUGAACCCAGUCAACCAAAAGCAACAAUUACGAAGGUCGAAAGCAGGGCAGAACCUUCAGAAGGUAGCUCUGCCCCAAAAAUCCGAAUAAAACUUAAAAGUAAGACACAAAACAAAUUAUAGUGUACAUACUCUGCUUCCAUUUUAAAUAUUUUUCUUGAUACCCAGAGAACUCACUCUUAGAAUUUUUGACUUCUAGUCUGUUCAUCCCUGCCGGCAAUCUGUAGAAAUAGACUGUUAAUGUGAGUGUCACUGUUUCUCUAA